UGAAGGGACAGGUUUAGAUAGGAGAAUAUAAUGUAAAUGUUCAUAUUUUAUUGUUCAUAAAUGUUUGUUUUAGCGCGAAACGCUUGUGAUAACAACCUCUGUCAGAAUGGAGCAGCUUGUAAUGUUGCUGGUUCCUGUACUAAUUAUGCCUGUACCUGUCCAGCUUGCUUCACUGGAACAUUCUGUCAAACAGCUGUUAAUGCUUGUGCUAAUAACCUCUGCCAGAAUGGAGGAGCAUGUAAUGCUGUUGCUGGUUCCUGCACUGAUUAUACCUGUACCUGUACAACUUGCUUCACUGGAGCAUUCUGUACAACAGCUGUUAAUGCUUGUGCUAAUAACCUCUGUCAGAAUGGAGCAGCUUGUAAUGCUGUUGCUGGUUCCUGUACUGAUUAUACCUGUACCUGUCCAGCUUGCUUCACUGGAACAUUCUGUCAAACAGGUGUUGGUGCUUGUGCUAAUCAUAUCUGUCAGAAUGGAGGAGCAUGUAAUGCUGUUGCUGGUUCCUGCACUAAUUAUACCUGUACCUGUCCAGCUUGCUUCAAUGAAACAUUUUGUCAAACAGCUGUUAAUGCUUGUGCUAAUCAUCUUUGCCAGAAUGGAGCAGCAUGUACUGCUGUUGCUGGUUCCUGCACUGAUUAUACCUGUACCUGUCCAGCUUGCUUCACUGGAAGAUUUUGUACAACAGGUGUGAGUGCUUGUGAUAAUCAUCGUUGCCAUGUUAAUGCUACCUGUCUUGCUCUUGAAGUACCUGGUACCUGUUCUAACUACCUCUGUAUGUGUCCUCCAUGUUACUACGGUCAAUACUGUGAAACAGAACUGGUUGAUAUCUGUAUGCACAGCAAAUGUGUAAAUGGAGGAACCUGUGUUGCUGAUGCUGAUAAUUGUAUUCUUUAUACUUGUGAUUGUCCUCCUUGUUUCACUGGUAGUCUCUGUCAAGUUGCUGUUGCUGAUUGUACAUCAAGUUCCAACACAAACUGGCAACCUAACACUGUGGCUUUUAUUAUUCUCAACUGCAUUUUGAAAACUUUAUUUACGAAUUACCAUUGAUAUAUGUAUAUAUAUCUGUAUAGACUGCAUUAUAUAUAAAAUACUCGGCCACAAAUUAGUUGCAGCUUACUAACUUCACUGGUUUUGAGGAAAUAAUUAAUGACCUCACUAUUAGUAUAAAAUACUAAUUCGUGUUUUUAUUAUUAACAAUUACUACAGGAUUUUUUUUUCACUCUUUUGUCACUCUAUAGGCCUACUCCACUAUAUAACCUCCUGAUUAUAAUAUACAGUUAUCACUAACUUAAUUAUGGUUUAUUUUACAUAAAUAAUAUUAUUGUAAAAUUUUUGUUUUUAUUAUAUAUUUAUAUGUUGUUAUUAUUACCAUAUUAUUAUAUUAUUAUUAUUAUUAUUAUUAUUAUUGUUGUUACUACUAGAUUUAUUGCAAUUACCGUAUAUAUUAAUAUAAUAUUAUAUUUAUUUUUUAUAGGAAUUUACCAGGAAUGAUAUGUUCCUUUGUACACUGUCAAACGUGAGAGAAACUAAAAAUAAUAUCAUGAACAUAAUUUCUAGUUAUUAUUAUUUUGCCAUAUUAUUUUAUUAUUUAUUGUCUAUAUUAUAUUUUUAUCACUUUUUAAAAAUUAAUUUUAUAAGUUAUAUAUUGGUGAAAAUGUUCAAUAUUCUGUUGCAAUUUUUAUUAUAAAUGAUUUAAAGAAUUGUGGCAAUUUUUCUAUGCUAUAUUUCCAUAUUUUAUUAUUAUUUUGCCAUAUUAUUUUUAUUGUCUAUAAUAUUUUUAUGGUUUUUAUUAUUAGAAAUUAUAAUGGUGAAAAUUCUUUUUAAAAUUAAGUGCGCAAGUAACAAGUGAAAAGUCAUAAAUAAUAAUACGGACAAUGUUUCCCUUCCUGCCGUGUUAUGGUAGGCCUAUACGCUCAGUAUCCCAAAUCCUUGUAUUGCAAAAAAAAAACACGUCAGGUAGAGAAAAACAUCGUUCAUAUUAUGGUAUUUGAAUUAAUUUGUUAACGUAUAAUUUGAUAGGGCCUAUUUGAAUUUUUUUAAAUACUAUGCAAUAAAGUUACAGUUUAACUACC